UGGGAUGGUGUAGAUGGAUGUUCUUGGGCUCGCGAGUCCCAGGAACAACCCAGACGCUCAGAAGCGCUCCGCUGGCUUUGGGACGUCAAGAGCUUCUUUAGAAGUGGGGUAGUCUCCAGGCUUUCGUGCUCCCCAAGCGGAGCGGCUGUAGGUCCGCUGUCCCUGGGCCUCCCUCUCUCGCGUCCCCAGGAAGGCUCAUCUUGCGGUGGCCAGGAUACUGUGGGCAAGAUGCCAGCAGGGCUCCGGCAGAGUGGACCAGGAGCCUGCAGGCCUCUACUGGGCAUCUCCAGGUGGACAGAAACCAAGUCCCGGGAGGGUCGGCUAGGCAUCUUCAUCUCCGGCAUCCUACAUCAGUCAGGAAGCUGCUGUCCAGCAUGGAAGGAGAGGAAAGGCCAGCUCAAGAGGCUGACGUGGAACCCAUGGUAGCAUCAGGGGCCUCAGAAGCAGUGCCGAGGGUACCUUCUGGAGACCCUCAGAACAUCUCUGAUGUGGAUGCCUUCAACUUGCUCCUGGAGAUGAAACUGAAGCGACGGCGUGAGCGGCCUGACCUUCCACGAACUGUGACCCAGCUGGUGGCUGAGGAUGGGAGCAGGGUGUAUGUGGUGGGCACUGCUCACUUCAGUGACGACAGCAAGCGGGAUGUAGUGAAGACUAUCCGAGAGGUGCAGCCCGAUGUGGUAGUUGUGGAACUCUGUCAGUACCGUGUAUCCAUGCUGAAGAUGGAUGAGAGAACGCUGCUUCGAGAGGCCAAGGAGGUCAGCCUGGAGAAGCUGCAACAGGCUGUCAGGCAGAAUGGGCUCAUGUCUGGACUCAUGCAGAUGUUGCUGCUGAAGGUGUCUGCUCACAUCACUGAGCAGCUGGGCAUGGCCCCUGGUGGCGAGUUCAGGGAGGCCUUCAAGGAGGCCAGCAAGGUACCAUUCUGCAAAUUCCACCUGGGUGACCGGCCCAUCCCAGUCACCUUUAAGAGGGCCAUUGCUGCGCUGUCCUUCUGGCAGAAGGUCAAGCUGGCCUGGGGCCUGUGCUUCCUGUCAGACCCAAUCAGCAAAGACGACGUGGAGCGCUGCAAGCAGAAGGACCUGUUGGAGCAGAUGAUGGCAGAGAUGAUUGGGGAGUUUCCUGACUUGCACCGAACCAUUGUCUCAGAACGUGAUGUCUAUCUGACCUAUAUGCUGCGGCAAGCUGCACGGCGCCUUGAGCUUCCCCGCGCCUCUGACGCUGAGCCUAGGAAGUGUGUCCCAUCUGUGGUUGUGGGUGUUGUUGGCAUGGGUCAUGUGCCUGGCAUCGAGAAGAACUGGAGCACCGACCUCAACAUCCAGGAGAUCAUGACAGUUCCCCCACCAUCCAUCUUGGGCAGAGUGUCCCGGAUGACCGUGAAGGCUGCCUUCUUUGGCCUGCUGGGCUAUAGCCUGUACUGGAUGGGCCGUCGAACCAUGAACCUGGUCCUAUCACUACCUGCUGCGCAGUUCUGCCUCCAGAGGGUGAGCGAGGCCCGGCCAGGCCGGUAGGAGGACCGUGCAAAGAAGAGACCACACCCAGGGCCUCUACUCCUCUGCAUCACAUCUGGUGCUUCUGAGGAGCUGGCACCACCUGUCUGGGGAUGUCCCUGGGUGCAGAUGAAUCCAAGCCACCCCCUAUGGGGGCCUAGGCCAGGCUUCCCCUGCCUUCCCCAUGCCCAGCCCACCCAAAUAAAGAAUAUUUAAUUGUCUGAGCUCAGGCUUCCCAGCAGCCACCCCCCCCACACACACACUGUAGGGGCCACUCACGGGCAUCAGGGCCAUCCACAGUGUCAGGACCCAGUGGCCUAGUUCCAAGAGGGCCUGAAGCUGAGGGGAGGCACCCUUAGUGUCCCACCCUUAAUGCCAGGGUGGGCCUGCCAAGCUGUUGCUCUACCUACCUCACUGUGCCUUGUGCUCUGGCCGGCAGGAGCAUCUGGCCCUGAGUGCAUCUCACUGUGGGUUAGGGGCCGGCGAGUCUAAGGAGCUGAGUGUCCAUGCAGCUUCUUCCUGUGGGUAGGUAGGGCCUUUGGCUGGCCUAGACGUGCAUGUGGCAUUGCCAGCCGCAUCUCUGCCUGCAGAGAGUCUAGAGUUUGGGUUUUGUUUUGUUUUGUUUUUUUAAUGUCAAAAAGUUUUUUACUCAGGUAAAUUUGACAUCAAAGAAAAAACAAACUGAAGCAAAUAUCAGGAAACACAAGCCUUAAAUCCAUGAGGACAAAGGAAUCGGG